CCGCGCCGCGCCAAUCUGCUGAAUGUCUAAUGAACAUUAGCACAAAGAAUCUAUAAUUUGUAUUUUUCAAUUUAUACCUUCACAAAAUGUCUGACUCAGAAGCUGAAAGUAUGGAUCAGGAAGCAGAAUCACCAGGGCCUGUACAAGGUCCUUCUGUUCUGUUAAAGACACCACCCAAGCCUAAAAAUCCAGAGCAAGAUGCUGACUUUGAAGAGAAAAUUGAAACUGACAGAACCCACAGAUUUGAUUUCUUACUUCAACAAACAGAAUUGUUUGGCCAUUUUAUGCAAAUGGGGGGGAUGCAAGCGCAAGGAGCUGGACCUCCCACUUCUCCCCUGAAAAUGAAACCAGGAAGACCAAAAGCAAAGAAAAUGGAUGAAAAGACAAGACUUUUGGUAGCUGGAGAUCAUCGUCAUCGACGUACAGAAGAAGAAGAAGAUGAAGAAUUAUUAUCUGAUGCUCGUAAAGCUCAUGCUGUUAUUACUAGAUUUGAUGAAAGUCCUAAAUAUAUUAAAUGUGGUGAAAUGAGAGAUUACCAGGUUCGAGGAUUAAACUGGAUGAUAUCAUUAUAUGAAAAUGGUAUAAAUGGUAUUUUAGCAGAUGAGAUGGGUUUGGGUAAGACUUUGCAGACAAUAUCUUUACUUGGUUACAUGAAACAUUAUCGUAGCAUUCCAUCUCCUCAUUUAGUCAUCUGUCCCAAAUCAACAUUGUCAAACUGGGUGAAUGAAUUUAAAAGAUGGUGUCCUUCUUUGAGGACAGUCUGCAUGAUUGGAUCUCAGGAACAGAGGGCAGAAAUAAUUCGAGAUACGCUUUUACCCGGUGAAUGGGACGUGUGUAUUACAUCAUAUGAAAUGGUUAUACGUGAAAAAUCAGUCUUUAAAAAGUUUAACUGGCGAUAUUUAGUUAUUGAUGAAGCUCACAGAAUUAAAAAUGAAAAAUCAAAAUUAUCUGAGAUCGUGAGAGAAUUCAAGUCAACUAACAGGCUAUUACUCACUGGUACACCAUUACAAAAUAACCUUCACGAAUUGUGGGCAUUGUUAAAUUUCUUACUUCCUGAUGUAUUUAACUCUGCUGAUGAUUUUGAUUCCUGGUUUAAUACAAACAAUUGUCUUGGAGAUCAGGAACUAGUGGAAAGAUUGCAUGCAGUUUUAAGACCAUUUUUACUGAGACGUAUCAAAUCAGAGGUAGAAAAAUCUCUAUUACCUAAGAAAGAAAUCAAGAUAUUUGUUGGUUUAUCAGCCAUGCAGAGAGAAUGGUAUACUAAGAUUCUGAUGAAGGAUAUUGAUGUAGUGAAUGGAGCUGGUAAAUCAGAUAAAAUGAGGCUCUUGAAUAUUCUUAUGCAGUUGAGAAAAUGUUGUAAUCAUCCAUAUUUAUUUGAUGGUGCUGAACCUGGACCUCCUUACACAACAGAUAAACAUAUAUUUGAAAACAGUGGCAAAAUGGUAAUCCUAGAUAGACUCUUGCCAAAACUAAAAGCACAAGAUUCUCGAGUGUUAAUCUUCAGUCAGAUGACACGUAUGUUAGAUAUAUUAGAAGAUUAUUGUUUUUGGAGACAGUUUGAUUAUUGUCGAUUAGAUGGACAAACGCCACACGAAGAAAGACAACAAUCGAUCAAUGAUUUUAAUCUACCUGGUAGUAAGAAGUUUAUAUUUAUGUUGAGUACUAGAGCUGGUGGUCUGGGUAUUAAUUUAGCAACAGCUGAUAUUGUUAUUAUAUUUGAUUCUGAUUGGAAUCCACAGUGUGAUUUACAAGCUAUGGAUCGUGCUCAUCGUAUUGGUCAGAAGAAACAAGUAAAAGUAUUCCGAUUUAUAACAGAAAAUACAGUAGAAGAAAGAAUUGUUGAAAAAGCUGAACUUAAACUGAAAUUAGACAGUAUAGUUAUACAACAAGGUCGACUAGUAGAUCAAGCCGCUAAUAAAUUAGGUAAAGAUGAAGUAUUAACUAUGAUUAGACAUGGUGCUAGUCAUGUAUUUGCUUCUAAAGACAGUGAAAUUACAGAUGAAGAUGUGGAUGAAAUCCUUGCAAAGGGAGAACAAAGAACAGAGGAAAUGAAAGCUAAACUUGAUCAACUUGGAGAAUCAUCAUUACGGAAUUUUACCAUGGAAUCAAAUGAACAUAGUGUUUAUAAAUUUGAAGGAGAAGAUUAUAGGGAGAAACAUAAAAUGGGAGGUAUUGGAUGGAUCGAACCUCCAAAGAGAGAGAGGAAAGCUAAUUAUGCUGUUGAUGCAUACUUCAGAGAAGCGUUACGUGUCAGUGAACCCAAGGCACCCAAGGCUCCUAGACCACCCAAACAACCCAACAUUCAAGAUUUCCAGUUCUUUCCUCCUCGAUUAUUUGAACUUUUGGAUCGGGAGAUUUAUUUUUAUCGUAAGUCAAUAGGCUAUCGGGUGCCCAAGAAUCCAGAAUUAGGAAAUACUGCUGAUAAAAUCCGUAAAGAAGAACAAGAUAGAAUAGAUGAGGCUGAGCCUCUAGGUGAAGAAGAAUUAGAGGAGAAAGAAGAAUUAUUAAAACAAGGCAGUAAUGGGGGUUUCACAAAUUGGUCGAAGCGAGAUUUUCAACAGUUUAUCAAAGCUAAUGAGAAAUAUGGUCGCGAUGAUAUUGAUAGUAUAGCAAGGGAAGUGGAAGGAAAAAGCCCAGAAGAAGUAAUUCAGUAUUCUACGGUAUUUUGGGAGCGAUGCAAUGAAUUACAGGAUAUUGAAAAAAUUAUGGCACAGAUUGAUCGUGGUGAGGCCAGAAUUCAACGACGUAUUGGUAUAAAGAAAGCUUUAGAUGCCAAGAUGGCUAGAUAUCGUGCACCAUUCCAUCAACUACGAAUACAAUAUGGUACUAACAAAGGUAAAAAUUAUACAGAAGAAGAAGAUAGAUUUUUAGUGUGUAUGUUACAUAAACUUGGUUUUGAUAAAGAAAAUGUUUAUGAUGAAUUACGUCAAGCUGUUCGGCAAGCACCUCAGUUUCGAUUUGACUGGUUUAUUAAAUCGAGGACAGCAAUGGAAUUACAGCGUAGAUGUAAUACAUUAAUUACAUUAAUAGAAAGAGAAAAUAUGGAAUUAGAAGAAAGAGAAAAGGCAGAAAAGCGAAAGAAAGGAUCAAGACCAGGAACACCCAAGGGUGCUAACAAACGAAAAGCAGAUGGAACACCAGAUAACAGAGGUCGUCCUAAAAAACAGAAAAAAUAAACUCUUAUUGUACUUGAAGUGCUUAUCAUAAAACUUUCACCUCAUUAUCUUAUAUUUUAAACACUAUGUUGUGAACAUACAAUCAUUGUAAAUAUAGUCACGGAGCAGUUUUUUCUUGAAAGGAAGUAAUCAAAGUAACCUAUUUAUUACCAAUUGAUUCAUAUGAAACCCCUCAAGACUGCCAUAGGCCAAGUGGAGGUCCUAUUGAAGAUGGCAAACUACUGAUAAAAGUUUAGAAAUUUUCAAUGCAGCCAAAUCAUCUAUUUUGAUCAUCUUAUUGAAGAAAAUAGAGAAAUCACUGAGAUGACAAAAUCUUUUACAAUUCCUGUCAAUAUAUUUGAAAGUGAUGAUUUUAUUUUGUGAAUAUCAAUACGCAUGGUUAAAUUAUUCUAAAUAAUCUGCUUCGAUUAGAAAUUUCAUCCACAUACCUUUUUUCUUCCCAUUUAAUAUUCUCUGGCCAUAUCAAUUAUCUACAAAUCUUUACAGGUACAUUGUCGUUCACAAAACUGAAGUAUAUUGGUAUUGUGGGUUUAGAAAUAUUAAGAUAUGUCCUACAUCAUCUGUACUCACGUAGUCUGGGAAUUUGUAGCAAAGGACAGCAAGUACAUGCUAGAUUUGUGUUAAAAACCAAUAAGAUAUGGACAGAAAAUUGACAUUUAUGUGUUCCAAAAGGUUUGCUUUGGUAGUAAAUACAAGUCAGGUCAAAUAUUGUGUAAAUGUAGAUGACAAUGUUCCUAUAAAUAAUAAAAGGUAAUAGUCAUGCCCCCACCUCAUUGUUGACAUUAUGUAAAUAGAAUCAUCUAUUUUUAACUAGUUAAUAGUAUUGCUGUAUAGUAUAUCAGCUAUCGUAAAUGUCUGUGUUAUAUAUAUAUAUAUAGUCGAUAAUCCCAGAUAAAACAAAAUACAUA